ACGUCAUUCAAUAUUGACUGUCAUCGAGUCGUGGCCGCCUCGAAUCUUGCUGCAGUGCCAAAAAUUUCAUAGAAAUAGCCCUAGGCGCACAUUUUAUAUUCAAAAUGAGUAACAAAUUGCAAGAAUACAAAGCCACGAUAGAGCGCAAUCUUUCGGACAAAAGCAAGCCGUGGACCAAAUACUUCGAGCUGGCCGAAGCGAAGACCGGAGUGAAUAGAUUGUACAUAUUUAUCGGCUUGGUGGCGUUCACUGCAUUAUAUUUAGUGUUCGGAUUCGGCGCGGAGUUGAUAUGCAACUCGAUCGGCUUCGUGUAUCCGGCUUAUAUGUCGAUGAAGGCGCUGGAGUCCCCUCAGAAGGACGACGAUACGAAGUGGCUGACGUAUUGGGUGGUGUACGCCUGCUUCUCGAUCGUUGAAUACUUCUCCGACUUCAUUGUGGGCUGGUUCCCAUUGUAUUGGCUGAUUAAGUGCAUUUUCAUAGUCUGGUGCUACAUGCCUACUGACUUUAACGGAUCCUUGAUAAUUUACCAUCGCAUCAUUCGUCCGUACUACCAGAAGCACCAUGGACGCAUUGACGAUAUGGCUCAGUCAGAUCUUUUGAAAAAAAUCGUUGAUGAUGCUAACAAAAACAUAGAUAAAACAAUGAAAUCCUUCAACAAAGUGAUCAAAAAACAAAUCGAUAAAUUUGCAGACUAAAUGAGGUAAACGGGAGUAAGAGCCUGUAUUAGGUACAAACCGGUCGCAUAGUAGCAGAUGCAGUUAGGAAGAACAAUUAAUUUUUAAAUGGAAGCAGAAAAAGUACAAAACAUCUGCACUCGCUUCGAUUUCGCUUUGCACGCGCCAUUGUUAACUAUUUCGAUCAACUUGCGUUCAAAGUUAUCUUUCCUCUGAUAGAACAACAUAAGUUUUACUCUCAUAAAACUCAGGAAAAAUAACAUUGAACAGACUGUAUAUUAUUUUGAACUGUACUAUGUUGUAGACAUUGUAAGUUUUUUUUUUUCGUAAAAUUGUGACUGGGUUUUGUAUUUUGUAGUUAAUAUUAGUUAAUUUAGGUUUAGUUUAUGGAUUGGGUUGAAAAAACCUUAAAUAAAAUUCCU